GGUGUGUGUUGGGGGGCGCGUGUUGAAAAAGAGAAGUGCUGCCAAAGUUUGGGUCAGAUCAGCUCGUGGAGUAUAAGCAGUCAACGAGAGACUUGGACUGGAGUUUGGCCACACGGUCCCCACGCGAAGGACACGAGAGCUGAGCACUGCCAAAGCUGCGCUCGGUCCCUGAACGCAUCAGACAGAUCUGGGAGAGAGAGCGCGAGAUGGAGACUGCCACCAUCACCACCACGCAGACUGCGUUCACCUUUGGACUGAGUGAAAGACGCGCGAGCAUCACCCUGCACCCCCCGGCCCAGGACUCGGUGCCGGCGGUCCAUCCGAGCGGCAGCAAGGUGCUGAAGAGACAGCGCUCCAGCUCCCCGGAGCUGCUGCGCUGCAAGCGGCGCCUGAGCUUCAACGGCCUGGGCUACUCCAUCCCCCAGCAGCAGCCCGUGGCCGUGGCCCGGCGGAACGAGCGCGAGCGGAACCGGGUCAAACAGGUCAACAUGGGCUUCCAGACGCUGCGUCAGCACGUGCCGAACGGCGCCGCCAACAAGAAGAUGAGCAAAGUGGAGACCCUGAGGUCCGCCGUGGAGUACAUCAGAGCCCUGCAGCAGCUCCUCGACGAGCACGACGCCGUUUCGGCUGCGUUCCAGUGCGGGCUGCCGUCUCCAACUCUCUCCAACAGCUACUCCGCAGACCCGGAGUCUCCUCACUCCACCUACUCGUCAGAUGAAGGCGGGUACGAGCCUCUGAGCUCAGAGGAGCAGGAACUGCUGGACUUUACCACCUGGUUUGACAGGUACUGACGCUGGCUGCGCGUAAAGGUGGCCGAAUCCUUGCAGAAAUGCUGACAAAAGUCCAGAUAAUGACAUCACACCUGGGGGGUUGCGCACCCCCCCAUCGUGCUCACAGGUGAUUUGUUAUCUCAGACCCUGCAGGAGCAGAGCAAUAAUGAGAAAGGGGGAAGAGGGCGUCUGUGAGCGCGCGUAGAUAGUGCCAACCCCCCACCCCCCCUUCUUACAAGUCCCCACAGGAGAGGGGGUGGACUCAGACACGCAUGGAAGUAAAGAACUGUUGAUGUUUGAAUAAGUGCAAUUAAUUGGGCAGAGACGGUGCAGGAGGUCCUGCAGGAUUGAGCUGGAUCAGAACCUCAUCCUGGUUCCUCACCCGCCUGGAAGAUUCCGUGAUGUACACUGAUGUAUCAUAAUGUUCGUUUUGUAGCACAGAGACAUAUUUUUGUACAAUGAGCCAAACAACUGUUCCUGAACAACGUUUACUGCCACUUCUCCUCACGGUGUUUGACUUGAGAAGCAGCUGUCAGAGAGGAGGCGGACUGGAGUGUUCUCCUCCUGGAGAAGUGGCGACCAGUCAUUUCCGGUGCGCACCUGUUCUCAAUCCACCCCCGGAGUCGGGGACAUGGACAUGUUUGAUUUGAACAGAUAUAUUUUGUGUAAAACAAGUUUUAUAAAUAAAGAUGGAUCUAUUU